AUGCCAACUCUUCAUCGUCAUCUUCCCAACAUUACUGUAUAUGCCGGAGUGAAUGUUCAUAAUGACAAGAUUUCAUCAUUAAAUUUGGAAGAGAGAAGAGGUGCGAUGGUUGUAAACGUUGAUCCUAUAAACAAUCCUGAAGCUAUCGUGCAUCCUUUAAGCAAUGUAUCAAAAUUACUUUUGUUAAUUGAUCCGUUAAGUGGGAAACUCACUCGAAAUGAUAUUCUCUCUUAUGCAAGAGGAUAUAUAAAUGCGGCAAAAGAAGCAAAUGUUGAACAUAUUAUUUUUCCUACACCUUUUACUAAACUUGAUACUCCACAUACUCCUCCUUUAACUCCAACUGAUGAGAAAGGUGAAACGAUGACGACUACUGAAUCAUCUAUAAUAAAUAAUAAUAAUAUUUCAUACAGAGAUCAAUUUGAAUCAGUGGAAUUAAUGUUAAAAGAAACUUUCCCUCCUUCACAAAUUACAAUUUUAAGAUAUCCUGGAGUAUUAAAUCAACACUUGUUAUUAUUCUCACAUCACAUAAUUGAGCAUUCAAAAAUCCCCUUGAUUGAUAAUCCUUCAACAAUUUUUGAAUUCUGUGAUAUGGGUGACUUGGUGAGGGCUAUUUGCAAUAUACUUUAUUGUCCUGUUCAACGACAUGGCGGUAAAAUGUAUAAAAUAACCGGCCCAAAUUUACUUACCACGGAUGAAAUUGCCGUUAAAGCAUCAUUGGGUCUAGGUCGAGAAAUAACUCCAGAUUUCUUACCAAAUAAUCAAUUAUAUCAAAUAUUAUCUGAAGUAAUACCGAGUAAAGAAGAAGUUGCCUAUUUAUUAGAAUUAUGGGGAUUACAAGAAAAGAAUUAUAUUAAUGGUAGUUAUAAUAGUGGUGGGACUCGAAGAGUACAAGUGACAAGAGAUCUGGAAAUGAUUACAGGUGUUUCGGGGACGAGUUUAAGAGAUUUUUUCGUAAAUAAUCGGGCUACUUUUUGUAAUAAAAUUUAA